AGAACUCAGGCUUCAAGGAGACCCCGGCUCUGUUCCUGGUGGUUCCUGGCGAUUUUCGGCUCUGCAACCCGAGCUGGGGGUGGAGCCAGGCCUCCCGCCCAGCGCACCAAGGGUGAGGCAGCCUGGUGUGUGCACACGUGCCCAGGCCUGCACGUGUAUGCUGGCCCAGGGGAGGGGCCUAGAGCACUAGCCGGGCCCCACCUGCACCCUGCCUCCAUCUCCUCCAGAGCAACCCCAGGAAAAGCCCGGUUGGACGAGGUCAUGGCGGCCGCAGCCCUUACAAGCCUGUCCACCAGUCCUCUCCUGCUGGGGGCCCCGGCUGCAGCCUUCAGCCCAGAGUCCAGUCUUGCACCCUGGAAGGAGGCCCUGGUGCAGCCACCAGGCAGCUACAGCAGCAGCAGCAACAGUGGAGACUGGGGCUGGGACCUGGCCAGUGACCAGUCCUCUCCGUCCACCCCAUCGCCCCCGCUGCCCCCCGAGGCAGCCCAGUUUCUCUUUGGGGAGCCCGCCCUGAGGAAGAGGAAGAGCUCAGUCCAGGUCAUGUUCCAGUGUCUGUGGAAGAGCUGCGGGAAGGUGCUGAGCACAGCGUCUGGGAUGCAGAGACACAUCCGCCUGGUGCACCUGGGGAGGCAGGCAGACACAGAACAGAGCGAUGGUGAGGAAGACUUCUACUAUACAGAGCUGGACGUUAGUGUGGACACUCUGACCGAUGGGCUAUCCAGCCUGACCCCGGUGUCCCCCAUGGCCUCUGUGCCACCCGCUUUCCCCCGCCUGGAGCUGCCAGAGCUGCUGGAGCCCCCAGCCCUGUCCAGCCUGCUACGACCACUGGCCCUGCCCCCGUCCCCCAUGCUGAGCUCUGUGGCUCCCUCUCGGGCAUGCCACAAUGACCAUGCCUACCAGGGCUGCCUGCCACCCACCCGCCUGGAGCCACAGGCCACAGAGGUCAGAGCCAACCUGAGGUGCGUGUGGCAGGAGGGGCUGGGGCAGGUGUCAGGCAGGAAGGGUCCUGGCCCAACAAUGCCCCACGUCCCCUGUGUAUCCCCCAGGAAGCCCCGUGGUGAUGCCAAGAAGUGCAGGAAGGUGUACGGCAUGGACCGUCGGGACCUUUGGUGCACGGCCUGCCGCUGGAAGAAAGCCUGCCAGCGGUUCCUGGACUGAGCCCACCCACCGGUGCUGAUGCCUGGCUUCUAGGGCUUUUUAAAGGAGAAAAUAAGCUACCACCUCUCCUUCCCCCACCCCUUUAUCCACAGUCUGGGGCUAAAGCAGCUCUGGGAGAGCCCCAGGGCCUAGCCUCUCCCAGCUGCAGGGUCUACUUUUUAAGGGGGGAGGUGGGAGUUGGUGACCCUGAACCCCCACAGGUGGGGGUAGGAGGUCCCACCACUCAAAGUGCCUCUGAAGAAACCAGCUUUUUGCACUAAAGCCAAACCACAGCGCUGCCCCCUGGUCCCUGGGGUGGCUGCCCUCCCUGCCUGUCGGCCCCUGGACUUGCCAAGGAUGUUGACAGGCCCAGCUGCAGGGGCCAGUCUGCAAUGCACUUUGAGGGGUGUUGGGGAGGGGACUCCCCUGCUCGCACUUAAUGCGAUGGUUUGAGGGCCCUGGGGCUGAUAAUGUUACCAUGUUUGCAAAGCUCAGGUGUCUCACGUCUGGGCCAUGCCAGGCGAGGAGAAAAAUUAAAGACUUGGGGUUUUUCCAGAA